AUGGACACAGAGGCUUCUAACCCCAAAAAGAAAAACUACAUGGGACAGCACCAUAUCAAAAAAAGGACUACAUACCAACCAACCAGAUUAGAUGCCACAACUCUCAAUAAUACUUUAAUUCAGCCAGGGAUUGUGAUGUGUGCUCCUGAAGAACAGACUGAAAAGCUGCUGUUGUCCAGUUGGGGUUUACCUAAACCUGUUUUAGAUCGUUACCACAAGCUUGGAGUGACUCACAUGUUUGAAUGGCAGGCUCAGUGUCUUGCAGUCGGCCGUGUUCUGCAUGGGGGAAAUCUAGUUUAUUCUGCUCCCACUAGCGCUGGAAAGACCCUAGUAUCAGAACUACUCAUGUUAAAGCGUGUACUUGAGACAAAAAAGAAAGCCCUUUUUAUUUUGCCAUUUGUGUCUGUAGCCAAAGAAAAGAUGCAUUACCUUCAGAAUGUGUUUGAAGAAGUGGGUGUUCGCGUGGAGGGAUACAUGGGCAGCACUGUUGCUGCAGGAGGGUUUUCUGCUCUGGAUGUUGCCGUUUGUACAAUAGAGAAAGCUAAUUCCCUCAUUAACAGACUCAUUGAAGAAAAUGCUAUGGGGAUGUUGGGUAUGGUGGUGGUUGAUGAGCUGCAUAUGGUUGGAGAUUCUGGAAGGGGGUACCUUCUAGAACUUCUUCUAACAAAAAUCUUAUACCUUUCACAGAAACAAAACAUAACUGGGUCCCUUUCUGAAGGUGUUCAGAUUAUUGGUAUGAGUGCCACUCUACCAAAUCUUUCCCUUUUGGCAAAGUGGCUUGGAGCAGAGCUUUAUCAAACAGACUAUCGGCCUGUACCACUUCUGGAGCAUCUAAAAAUUGGAAGCAAUUUUUACGACAAGAGUCUUACAGUCAUUCGCAAGUUCACACCGGCAAUAAGUGUUAAAGGUGAUGAUGAUCACAUCGUGAGUCUGUGUUAUGAGACUGUUAGCGAGGGCCACUCUGUGUUGCUUUUUUGCCCUUCGAAGAAUUGGUGUGAGAAACUCGCAGAUGGAAUUGCAAGGGAGUUCUAUAGUCUUCAGCAUAAAAAAACUCCCUGUGAAAGAGAUCCUCAACCUGUGACCCUGGAUGUAGAUGGCCUAAAGGAAGUAGUUGCCCAGCUAAAACAAACUCCUGCUGGCAUGGACCCCAUACUCCAGCGCACUGUGCCUUGGGGAGUUGGCUUCCACCACGCUGGGCUCACAUUUGAUGAGCGAGAUGUUUUGGAAGGAGCAUUUCGUCAAACUACUGUGAGGGUCCUGGCAGCUACUUCUACGCUCUCAUCUGGAGUGAAUCUACCCGCCAGAAGAGUUAUCAUACGGACGCCCACAUUCAACGGACACUUAUUGGACCCAUUGACAUAUAAGCAAAUGGCAGGAAGAGCUGGAAGGAAAGGGGUUGAUACUACAGGUGAGAGUGUAUUGGUGUGUAAAGAAGCAGAGCGUCAGAAAGGCAUAACUCUCCUCACGGGUAAUCUUCGACCUAUCAGCAGCUGCCUGGGAAAGGGUGAGGGAGAGGGUGUCACCACCAGUAUGCUGCGGGCCAUUCUUGAGAUAAUUGUUGGAGGUGUUGCAAGUAAACCACAAGAUGUCCGCCUGUAUGCUUCAUGUACACUUCUGGCUGCUAGCCUAUGUGAAGGGAUACAGACAAAUGUAGAGACCAAUAAGGGAGCGAUUGAGGCCAGUGUGGAAUGGCUCAUGGACAACGAAUUCAUACAUAUUCAAAAGGAAGAAGAGGAGCGGUACUGUCCAACUCAACUGGGUUCUGCCACCUUAUCUUCAUCUCUCUCACCUCCUGAGGCUUUGGGAAUAUUUGCAGAUCUCCAGCGGGCUAUGAAAGGCUUUGUGCUGGAGAAUGACCUGCAUAUUUUGUAUUUGAUCACUCCACUUUAUGCAGAAUGGACUACAAUAGACUGGUAUCAGUUUUUCUGUCUGUGGGAACAACUCUCAUCCUCAAUGAAAAGAGUUGCUGAGUUGGUGGGGAUACAGGAAGGCUUUCUUGCACGGUCUGUGAGUGGAAAGCUUGUUGCCAAGACAGACAAGCAGCGAAGGCAGAUGGCUAUACACAAACGGUUUUUCACCACACUUGUUUUACAUGAUCUUGUGAAUGAGGUUCCUUUGGGAACAGUGGCAUCCAAAUACAAUUGCAAUCGUGGACAAUUGCAGUCUCUACAACAGUCUGCUUCAACAUAUGCAGGUAUGGUGACAAUUUUUUGCAAGCGUUUGGGUUGGCACAACUUGGAGCUACUGCUGUCCCAGUACCAGACACGACUGAGCUUUGGAGUCCAAAGAGAGCUGGUUGACUUGGUUCGGGUAUCAAUCUUAAAUGCGACUAGAGCCAGAGCACUUUUUGCUCAAGGGCUCUGUACAGUUGCUGAGCUGGCUAGAGCCACUGUAGAGAAUGUGGAGAAAGCACUGAGGAAUGCUGUUCCCUUUAAAAGCUCUAAACGUGCAGUGGAUGAGAGUGAGUUUGAGGCUGCAGAGAGGAGAAGUCUCCGCUGUGUCUGGGUGACUGGAGGACGGGCUCUGACUGAACAGGAAGCUGCAGAUGGGAAGCCAGACAAUGAAAAUGUGGAAGAUUCUCCUAUUCCCGAAUCGCAUGGGUCAGCUCCUCUGUUCUCCCCAGAUGCAAAAAGACAAAGAUUAGCAAGUGAGGAGAAGUUUUCCUCCCCUGAGUUAUAUGCAGGACAAGAAGAGGUGGUGAAAAGAGGCGAGGAGACUUUUGGGUACAGUUUGGAAUUGGACAGUCAAACUGAACAUCUCAUGGCACAGCAGACCCACCAACACAGGACUGAGACUGAUAAGGGAGGAAAUGAUGGAGAGGAGGAGGAAGAUAAUUUAGAGGAAGUUAUAGAGGUACAGAAUAAAGCCAGUAUGAAACUUAUUGCUGCAGAGAAAGAUGAAUUUGGUUCUUCCUUGACUGAUAGCCAAAUGGAACUCAUGCUUCUCACCAAUGAUCAGAUCCGUCCCGCAAGCAAGAAUGAUAAUCCAAUGGGAAAUGCGUUAACAGAAGAUUUCAAUUCGAGAUUCAGCCUGCAGUUAUCGCAGGAUGUGAGCCCCACUUCAAGUACCCCCCGAACCUUCUCCAUCAUUGAUGUUGCUGGCGACAAGCGUCUCUUUGAUACAUUUAUGAACGAAUGGAAAACAAAAGAGUGUUUCUCUUUGGCUUUGGCUUGUGAGAAAAGAUCAGACAGAUUGGAGCAGCUUGAUGUGGGGAUGAGAACCAGGCAGAAGAGAACAAUAGCAGCUUCUCAUAAACAAAGUCAGAUCGAUGGUUUCCCAGUCAAAAAUGGUGAUGGGCAUGUUCUCAUGGGGCUGUCUGUCUGUUGGGGAGCAAGAGAUGCCUUCUACAUAUCAUUUCAAAAAGAACAAAGCCAAGGCUUUAGCGCUAGUUUGGCUCCUCCGUCUCUAGAUGAGGCGUUGAAAAUCGAUGAGAGACUGGAACAAGUAAAAAUGUUGCUGGAAAAUGCACCCAAUAGUUCUGAAAAAAGCACAGCAAUCGUGUAUGAUGUCAUCGAGGUGUACAAAACCCUGGUCCUGAGCUGUGGGGUCAGCUUGGAGACCAACUGUGAAGACCCAAAGAUUGCAUGUUGGAUGCUGAACCCUGGCAAUGAAGGCAAGAUUCUACACAAUAUGGUGACGGUGUAUUGUCCCGAAGAGCUUCCUUUGCUGGAGGGACUUGGAAGUGCACACACAUAUUGUCCCCGUGUGAAAGCAGCGACUGAGAGUGUGCUCCUUCAUGCUGUCAUGAACCACCUCACUGGGUUGCUGGAGAAGGACGGCAUGCUAGACUUUUUCAGAAGGGUUGAGAUGCCGUCUCAAGUGUGUCUGGCUCUGUUGGAAUUGAAUGGAGUGGGGUUUAGUGUGGAAGAAUGUGACAGACAAAAACAUGUGAUGCAAGCCAAACUCGCAGCUCUUGAAUCUCAAGCAUACAAUCUGGCCGGACAUAGCUUCUCUUUAACAAGCAUUGAUGAUAUUGCACAGGUGUUAUAUUUUGAACUCCAUCUGCCUCCCAAUGGUGAUAUUGGGGGCUCAAAGGCUAAGAAGACCCUCGGCUAUGGCAGAAGAGGGGGUAAAGUGCGACUUGGAAAGCAGUUCAGCACCACCAAGGAUGUUUUGGAGAAACUGCGCCCCCUACACCCUUUACCUGGAAUAAUUCUUGAGUGGAGAAGAGUCACCAAUGCCUUGACUAAAGUGGUGUUUCCACUUCAGAGAGAGAAGCGGUACCAUUCUGGAUUGGCUAUGGAUAGAAUAUAUCCUAUUGCACAGACACACACAGCCACGGGUAGAGUGAGUUUCACUGAGCCCAACAUACAAAAUGUUCCAAAAGAUUUUGAGAUUCAUAUGCCCACAGUUGUGGGUGAGAGCCCUCCUUCACAAGAGAAAUGCCACUUAAUCACCAAAUCGGGGAAAAAGAGAGCCUCUGUUGCACCUACCUCUGCAGCCAAUAAUGCAGUCACAGGUCCUGCAUUUUCUGUCAGCAUGAGACAUGCUUUUGUGCCAUUUUCAGGAGGGAUGAUAUUAGCAGCUGAUUAUUCUCAGUUGGAGUUGAGGGUCUUGGCUCACCUUUCAAAGGAUCAUCGGCUUCUACAGGUACUUAAUGGAGGAGCAGAUGUCUUUCGCUGCAUUGCAGCUGAAUGGAAAAGUGUUGAUCCUGAGACUGUGAACGACAACUUGAGACAACAGGCAAAGCAGAUUUGCUAUGGCAUUAUUUAUGGCAUGGGGGCAAAGUCUUUGGGGGAGCAGAUGGGGGUGGAGGAGGAUGACGCAGCAUGCUACAUUGAGAGUUUUAAAUCUAGAUAUAAAGGGAUUAAUGCCUUUCUUAAGGAGACUGUGAGAAAUUGUGUGAAGAAUGGUUUUGUUCAAACCCUGAUGGGCCGCAGGAGGUACCUUCCUGGAAUCACAAAUGCAAAUCCACACUCUAAAGCACAUGCAGAGAGGCAGGCAGUCAACACAACAGUUCAGGGCUCUGCUGCUGACAUUGUUAAACUCGCUACAGUCAAUAUCCAGAAACAUCUGAGGAAAGCCUCUCCUACAGCUCCACUCUCUCUCCAGCAUGUUCCCUCAGAAAAACUCCAAAGAAUAAGUACAUUUUAUCAACGCGGUGCAUAUUUUGUUCUACAACUACAUGAUGAACUCAUCUAUGAAACUUCAGAGGAGAACCUUAUACAGGUCGCUCACAUGGUCAAGAGAGAGAUGGAAUCUGCAGUAAAACUAUAUGUAAAACUAAAGGCCAAGGUCAAAGUAGGACCAAGUUGGGGAAAUUUACAAGAUCUAGAUUUAUAA